CGGGUACAUGGGCCGACAUUUUGAGAACCAACCUCUAUACUCCACAAGUCACUGCAAGAACGAACAGCCAUCUUUCAUGUCCUUUCUCCGCAACGUGCAGCUGCGGGCGGGCACACCUCUGUCUCUGGAAACAAAUCCUCUACACUUCCGUCAGUUUCCCGCCUUCUCUGCCUCAGCGGAGCACACCCGACGAGCCGAACAUCUGCUUGCACAUUUUGCAAAGCCCAUGCAGCCGGCUGACAGCCGAGAAAGAUCGACAUCAAGAUGACCGGUGAAUGGUUGACGGUCAGACCCGCAGCAGAACCUCAAGCUCCAACAGUUGUCUAACUUCAGAGAGACUUGUAGCCGCCACCCUACUGCACUCCACACUUGCACUAAGCUUAGGCACCUUCACAAUGGGCACGCGAGACCGAGAACAAUUCGUGAAUAAUUACCAUACAUCAUUAAUGAGGCAGAAAGUACCACAAGAGUUCUUAACCUAUCAAGUCGACACACAUCGUGCCGUCGGAGCCCAAAAACACGCUCGUCUAUUAUCUUUAGAACAUGCAUCUAAUCCAAGCAUUCUUCUUAUACGCUCUACCCCAAUGAACUCCGUUCUAAUCAUUCUUAACUCCUCCAUCAAGAACGCGCAGCAACCCUCUUUCCCCCACACCCCGUACAAAUCCCAUCCUUCUCAACCUUCAAACACCACAACUUCACACCCUCACUCUUAUCACUCCCUUCAUACACCCUCACUGGCUUCGAUUUCCCCUCCUCUGUUAAACAUCGUCAGCAAUCUCCUCUCACCUUCACCACUCUUAUUAUUUCGAGACACAUACCUUGCUCAUGAACCGACUUCGGCUCCGGAGUAUGCCACCGCUCAACCUCAUCGUAGCAGGCUGCCCAGUCGUACUCUUGUGCUUCUGAGAGAACGGUCUCGGGGAUCACCAUUGUGGAGGCGCCGGCGGAGUAGUAUUCUAGGGCUCGGCGUUGGGCGCGACAGUGGCCUGUUGGGUGGGUGUGAGGUGGUGAGUUGGUCAUUGUGGUGUGGCGAUAUCUGUAGUUGUGUCUGUUGAGUAAAGAUAGGUAGGUAGGUAAAUAGAUGUGAUGUUGGUAGUGAAAUUGAUUUGUAUUAAUAAAAAGAGUCGAGGUACGGCACAGUGAGGUGCUUUUAUAUAGAUUGAGGCUCAGCUGCAGUGCG